AUGGCAAUCUUCACUAAUAUGGUGGAAAAAUUUAUUGAAGUAUUUAUGGAUGAUUUUUCGAUCUUUGGACCAACUUUUGAUGAAAGCUUAACGAAUUUGAGUAAAGUGCUUUCCAGGUGUGAAGAGACAAAUUUGGUGAUGAACUGGGAGAAGUGUCAUUUUAUGGUACGAGAAGGAAUUGUACUCGAGCAUAAGGUGUCCAAAGAUAGGUUGGAGGUGAAUAAGGCAAAAGUGGAUGCAAUUGAAAACUGCCAUCUCCAAUCUUUGUCAAAGGAGUCAGAAGCUUUUUGGGACAUGUUGCUCGAGAAGGAUACGCCUUUCAAGUUUGAUGAACACUGCUUGAAGUCGUAUGAGGAGUUGAAAAAGAGAUUGGUGACUGCACCAAUUAUUACCACCCCAAACUGGGGAGAGCCUUUUGAAUUGAUGUGUGAUGCCAGUGACACGGGUUAUCUCCGGAUGGUAAGAGGAAAUUCAUGCAUGAUUGUGAGGCUUUAUCUAUGGGAUGAGCCGUUUUUGUUUAAGCAAUGUGAAGAUCAACUGGUGCCCCGAUGUGUUCCUGAGGAGGAGAUGGAUGAAAUUUUACAUGAUUUUUAUGCAUCACCAUAUGGGGGCACCAUGGUGGAGACAAAACGGCUGCAAAGGUGUGAUAGUGCCAGAGGAUGGGGCCGUUUCAGAUCAAAUGUCCAUCAGUACAUCUUGGUUGUAGUUGACUAUGUGUCAAAGUGGGUUGAGGCUGUGGCUUUGCCUACGAAUGAUGCUAAAGUAGUGGUGAGCUUUGUGAAGAAAAAUAUUUUCACCAGAUUCGUGACUCUUGGUCAAGUGGAGGUCUCAAAUAGAGAGGUAGAGCAAAUUUUGGAGAAGACAAUGAGCGCAAGUAGGAAGGAUUGGGCUAGCAAGCUAGAUGACACUUUGUGGGCAUAUCGCACGGCAUACAUAACUCCAAUUGGCGCUUCACCAUACAGGUUAGUAUAUGGAAAGGCUUGUCACUUGCUUGUUGAGCUUGCGUACAAGGCAUAUUGGGCAAUCAAGAAGCUCAAUUUUGAUAUGGAUCUAUUUGGGGGAAAACGGAUGUUGCAACUGAAUAAGCUCGAAAAGUUUCGACUGCACGCAUAUGAGAAUGCAAAGUUAAACAAAGAAAUGGCAUGA